UGCAGCUGUGCAUUUUUUUUUUAGCAGGGCACUCCCAUCCACCUGUAACUAAAAGCAGCAGCGCAUUUCUCAAAGCCCAGGACGAUAAACUGCUGAAGUCCGGGUCAGACCCAGGGACGUGGGGAGACAGCGAACAGAGGUAUCAAAGACGGCCUCUUUCGCGUAGUGUGAAGUAAAAUUUACGGACAGGAGAAGCAUCAUGCCCUUCGGCGACAAAAAGAAUGUGACUGGGAUCCAACGGCACCUCCAGAAAGAUGGACACAAGUUCUGGAGAACUCAUCUGGUGGACUUGCGCUUCAGGGAAUUCUUUUCUCAGACAAUCCCAGAGAUAUGCUGAAGAAACGAUUGAAAAUGAUCAAUGUGCCCGUGAAAUGUAGAUGGUCGUAUCAUGAAAAUGAAGCGUUGGAUCUGUUUAAAUUUUUUGAGUCUCGCACCCAGGAAGAAAUAUCUGCAAAAUUACUUGAAAUUGGAGGAUACAGCAUUUUCCAGGAAAUGACAGCAGAUGUAGACGUCACUAGUUCGGUUUGCUAUGAUGAGGACCCUGGGUCAGGUUCUACUGAAGAAGGCAGAUGUAUCGUACAUGUGUGAGUGGAAGAGAUGUUUCAUCCCAGUUGCAACAUGCACCUUCACGAGGCACAACCUCUUUCUUUCUAGCGCCGUGAUAUCUGACCUGAAGAAGCUGGAAUCACUAAUUGGAGAAGAGCAGAAAGAGCAAUGCAAGAUAAUCCUCGAAAAGUAUGGCUCACAUGCCAACACUAUGUGCACAUUUGGAGGGUCCACCAGGAUGAAAGUAGAAAGUUCUCAGUUCUUAGAAGAACAGAGAGAGACAUGGCAGGAGCUGGUGGAAAAAAUCAUAGAUGAGGAGAAUUAUAUUUUGUGUAACUCCAACUCUUCCAAAGACCCUUCAACCUUUGAAAGUAUGGUAAUAAGCAAGUAUGAUAAGCAGAAUCAGAAACAUCUUGCAAUCGUCUUUCAGAUAGAUGGUGGACCACCAGACUCAGACUCACUGGACCACUGGCAAACCGAACUCUUGUCUAAAAGCGGUAUGUGGAGGAUAAUUGACCGUGGACAUAAAAAUCGCUUCAUUCCUAUGUGGAAAAUUGUGCUAUGGAACCACAAGAAAGAUUUUGAAGACUAUGAAUCAGUAGCCAACACAAUCAAAAGAUGCUGGGAAAAGGUAACCGGCUUAGAAGAUAUGGGCCUUGAAGCGGAGAAACUGAUGAAAGCGGAAGUGAUUGUUCAUGAUCUACUUGAAGCAAGCAGAGAAUGGCCUGAGAACUCUAGUGAAACUUUUGACGAAAAGUGCACUGAACAUAUUUGUGAAUGCUUGAAGGUAUACUUUCAAGUGAAAAUGCUCCAGGGCAGAAAUGCCAACUACUUUUGGUACCAAAACAUCAUCCGUAACAAGGACAUGCAGGCAUUCCUUAAAUGGCUAGCAUAUGGCAUCGGUAACUCACAGCUGACAUCACUCCAUAAGACUGCCCUGUUAGAUCAAGUUUCUAGCCUUCUUGGACAACGCUCUAUUUUGGAUAAGUCCAGCUUUCCAGGUAUUGAUGAACUUCUGUCCGUAGUCACUAAAUGUACAGAUUCAUCCACCCGAAAGGAGUUGGCAGGUUUUCAAAGUGUGCAUUCCCUGUUUUCCAAAAUCAGCAGUCAGGCUUCAGGAGUGAAUCCUUUAAUUAAAGGUGCCCAAGAGAUGUUCAUGUAUGCUGCUUGCAUCGAGCUCCUUAGACUCAAGGAAUCGGUCGCAGAGAUGGGCAAUCAAAGGCAUAAGGCUCUGGUCACUGCUCUUUUUUACCCAUAUGUUGCAAGUGGAAAUGUCCUAGAGAAGAAUUGCUUUUCACAAAGUGAGUGGCAACUUAUUGCAAAUAAAACCCAAAAGCUGGACAAAUAUUUUACCGAGCAAGGAGACCAGACAGAUGAACAAGCUCAGGCCUUGAUCUUUGAAACAGUACUCACCGAAGCCAUGGAAGGAGACAUGAAGUCAGACAGAAAAAGGGAAGAAAUAGCAAGGAUUUUGGGGAACUAUGGUGGAGGAGAUAGGACCAGACAUGAGUUUUUCACUUCGUCAAGUUGUAUUUGGCAAAAAUGGAGAGGUCAACCAGGAUUAUAGGGGGAUGCUGGACAAAAUCAAAUCAAUCAUGAAAGACAACACAGCUAGAAAAGACUCAUGGAAGAGGAAAUCAAAUGAACUUGUACAGUUGGUUCUGCACUAUGCCCAAAAAGCAUCUGAACAGCAGCAAGAGAAGAUACACCUGGUGAAGAAAAAUGCUAUUAUAGAAAGUUUGGGUUUAGAGAAAUUCUGUGCAACAAAGCUCUCCCUCAAAGAAAUUAAGAUGUUUAGUCCACUUACAUUCCUUUCAGGCAGGCCUUUGAGUUUUAGUGACAUACCAUGGUAUUUUAUUCAAAAGUUAAUGAUGGUACAUUCAGAUGCCAUGAAAAUGAAAUGCAAAGCAGAUGAAACAUCAGCAAAAUUAGCGUCUAAUAGGGAGUCUUCUGAAUGUGAUCUGGGCGACUUGUUUGCCACCGAACCGGAUAACAUGACUCUCCUUAACCCACUGGAUGUGGUUCUGGCGGUCUUCAUGUGUUCUGACAUGUUUGUCCAACAGGAGCUUGUGCUAAGAAUGUCAAUGUGCCAAUUUGCUGUGCCCAUACUGAUUCCAAGUUGUGAGAAGCAGGGUGUGUUUCUCCUCUGGGGACUGAGAUCUAAUAAAAAAUGGCAUCAAAAAUCAAUCAAGGGUUCCAGUUGUACUACUGAAUGUAGCAUAGCAACCCACCCGUUGCACACGGUGACAUUCAUCAGGCUAGGGAAGCUUCAGUCUUCAAAGUCGGUCUUCCUCAACUGUCUUUUGAGCAGCUCUCAAAAUUCUUACAGUUUCUUUGUGUAUUCAGAAAUGGAAGGUGGAGAUGUCGCCAGGGAAAUUUCUAACGGUCUGGUUGAACUCAUUUGGUAUUUGCCAAGUGGAAAUGAAAGCCUCAAUGUUUUCCAGGAGCCGUUUGCUCUUAUGAACCUUCGAGGAGAUGCUUUGUCUUUUCCCAUGCAGGUUACACUACUCUCCGAUGAGUCAUCUGCCAUUUUUGUUUUUGUGGAAAACCUUGGAGAUGAAGAGGAGGAAGUUAUCGUGAACCUCUCAAGAUCAAAAGCAAACCUUUUCCUGUUGGUAAACCCACAAACCCAAUAACAAGAAGUAUUAAAAAAAAGUCUGCAAGCAUUGAUUUUAACACACAAGAUUACCAAAAGUCAGAUACUGACCCAGCAAAUGAGAAGUAAAAAUGAAUACCUCUCUGAAAUUCGAACAAAGAUAACCAACAUCCAGGCUUCAAGACAAAACUGCAUGAGCCUAGAAGAAAUGUCCUGGUUUGCAAGGGAGCAUGGAUUUGAAGUGGAUGAAGACUAUGGUCCAUGUCAGACUGGACGAAAGAAGGCAGAGGAGGUUCUUGCUGACUUAAAUUGUCAUAAAAUCACAGAAUUCAAACAAGUGAUGUUCCCAUUUCAAGGGCCAGCGUGGCACGAGUAUUCAAAAAUCGAAAAGGAAAGUCUACGGUUAAGGGAGAUUGGACACAAGAACACACUGGACUAUUCCAGGGAAUUAGAACAAAAAAAGAGGCAGAUUCACCUUAAAUAUUCUAAUAAUGACAUUACACCUCCAAUGAAAACAUUUAUGGAAACAAUCCUGGGCUGUGCCAAGGAGGAGCGGCUCUUCUUUCUGCAGUGGAUGAAGCUGAAGCUGGACUCUCUGUCAUCAACAGCUCUACCUGAAUUGCGAGAACAACUAAAAAUGGCAGGCAAGGACCUAAAUGAGCAAAAGCAACUCCUUGAAAAGCUAACAAGCAGCUCUCUAGGGCUGGAACAUUUUUUGCGUGAAAUCGGGCAGAUUUAUGAGACUUUCCUUAUGUGCGAUUCCAGACUAAAACAGGACCUGCUCCACUUGCCUGCCACCGUUGCAGAAAUGCUGCUUGCUGGCUUCCCAGUGGAACUCAUUGAUGGCAGCGUCUGUAACAUACCCAUGAGGUGGGUAUCAGACAUUCUGAAUGAAGUGAACAAAAAAACGCACUCGAACACUCGCAUAUUUGUCCUUUCUGUACUGGGGGUGCAAAGCUCAGGGAAAUCCACUCUUCUCAACACCCUCUUCGGCCUUCAGUUUGCCGUCAGUGCUGGAAGGUGCACACAGGGGGCCUUUAUGCAGCUGAUCCACGUGGACCCUGAUAUUAAGCCAGAACUCGGAUGUGAUUACAUCAUGGUGAUCGACACCGAGGGAUUAAAGUCUCAGGAAUUAAUGUCUCUGACUGACAAUUAUGAACGUGACAACGAAAUGGCCACCAUGAUAGCUGCAUUAAGUGAUGUCACACUAGUAAAUCUGGCAUCGGAGUCCAGUGCCGAAAUGCAAGACGUUCUGCAGAUUGUCAUCCAUGCACUAAUAAGGAUGAAAGAGACCGGAAAGAAGCCCAGCAUUUACUUUACCCACCAGAAUGUUGCUGACAUUUCUGCUAAGGAAAUGAAUUUGCUUGGCACCACUCAGCUUCUAAACAGACUCAAUGCUGUUACUCAAGCUGCGGCAAAGCAGGAAAAGAAAGAAGGCGUCUACUGUGAAUUCUCUGAUGUGAUUCAGUGUGACCCAGCCAGCGCAAAUAAAUAUAUAGCUGGCCUCUGGCAUGGCGUUCCACCAAUGGCAACGGUAAAUGUUGGUUACAGUGAAAGCGUAUUUGAACUCAAAAAAGAGCUCCUCAAUUAUAUCAAAGAGCAGAAAAAGAAACAAAAUCCGUCAAAGAUUUCAGACUUUGUUAAGUGGAUGGAAGAUGUCUCUGCUGCUGUGAAAUCAGAAGACUUUCUAUUCAGUUUCCAGAACAGUCUUGAGGCGGCUGCAUUUGCUAAACUUGACACUCAAUAUCUAAACUGGAUAUGGGAGAUACAGCAGAGGUUCAUGGAAUGGUGGGAAAGGGAGGAAGUCAAAAUUAAGAACUGUGAGGAGCUGGAUGACCUCCUUUCAAAAUUAUCAACAGAAGUGGAGGAGUUACGGCAAGAGCAGGAGGACAAAGCUCUUUAUAAUCUCCAGAGUUAUUUUAAGAUGGACAUAGAAAAUAAACAGUUUAUAGAAAACCACAGGCACUAUUUUGAGACCAACAUCAAAAUCGCCUGCCAGCAGCUUAAAGAUGACAGUUUGAAGAAGUUGGAAACGUCAGCUGAAAACUGGGAAAGACAGAACAGCGUUCGCAAAAUCCGUAAAACCUACGACGCGAACAUCCAACAUAAAGUAAAAGAACUAGUGAAGAAGUGCAAAGAAGAGAAGAAAGAACUUUCUGAUGCAGAGCUCACUUGGAUAUUUGAUGAGAUGUGGAAGGAAACUGUUGGUUUCUUCAAAUGUCCGGAGGAUAAAGUGGACGUUCAGCGAGAUAUGGAAAAAAGCCUUCUGAAUAAUGCUAGUCAGAGGAAGGAUUUGAAGUGGAAGCUGAAAGAUAGAAAAUGUGAGCCAAUAGGAGACGAUGGGUUCAAAGUUCUUCCAGUGCAUUAUAAAACAUUCCAUAAGUUUGGUUUUUCGCUAACAUUGGGAUUCACAUCGACUGGCGUCCAGGAGACAGCCAAUAGCAUUAUAAGAGAAUGCAAAAAACACAUUGAAGAUCUGGUCGAUAAAGACACAGAUUACGACCCGCAUUACUGCACUGGUGUAAUAGUGACCAUCGAUAAACAAAUCGAAAGACUUUAUGAUGAAAAGAGGAAGCUCACUGACCAGUUCUACGUUGACCUGAAACUUCAUAUUUGUGCGAUUGCUGUACGUCAAUUCCAGGAAAUGCACAACAGAUUUCUUCAGAACAAUAAUCUACUGGCCAGACUUGAAGAAGAGAAGACUGCAUACUGCGAGACUCUCAAAGACCUCUACCGGGAAGGAGAUCUCAGUCAAAAGUUAGCAAAACGCUUCUGUUCUUUGUGUCUGAAGCCAUCUCUGAAGAGUGUGGUCCAGCGGCAGCUCUCAAAACAGAUCACCACAAAUAUGAGGGAGAAGUGGAUGCCUUACGUUUUUGAAAAUAUCAGUUACUUCCAGCUCGCCCUCCUAGUAGACGUGUACAAAAGAGACAGCUUUGAUGCUUACAAGCACUACAUCACAGAUUAUGACCAAUACGCACUUGACUGGCUAGAGAAACAAGCAAAUGUGUAUUGCAGAACUGUAAUGAAUGGUAAAGUCAGGAUUUUGUCAAUGGCGGAGGAGACAACACAACGUCUUUGUAGUACAGUUAAGAUGACCUUGACCGAAGUUGCAAAAAUAAAUCUUAAUACUUCAGAUGAGUUCCUGCAGAAGUUAAUUUCAGAGCUCGAGUUGCAAAUAGUUAUUAUGAAAGAAAAGCUGAAAGUGGCUAAAUUUGGAUAUGAAGUAAACGCUGCUGAGUUUAGCAAAGAUCUAGAACAAGUAAUGGACACCUUAGAGAAAGAGCUUCUGCAUGAGUUUAGUUCUUGGGACGUGAGCUUUGAAAUAAGGAGUCUCCCCAAUCCCCCUCACAAACAGCUGUUUAAAUUAUUGAGAGGCUGCGGGGAGAAAUGUCCAGCCUGUGGAGCUCCUUGUGAGCUGGAAGGAUCCAACCAUCAGCACUACUCUCGAUACCACAGAGUGUUUGCAGUAAAUCAUAUGCCACCAAAAAUGCUGCCUUUCAAAACGCAGAUUAAAAAGCGUUACUCGCAAAUCUUUGUGAACUUUGACGAGAGGUCCAUGAACUGCAUCUCAUCGAAAACCCAAAAGACAAGCCGCCAAGGAAGACUGUUAAGAAGAUACAAGUGGGGCAACCUCUACAAGGGGUACACGUCAGUGUACUGGCGAUUUGUGCUCAAAAAGUACAACCAGCAGUUUGCCGAAUUCUACAACACCAAACCAGUUUACCUGGACAGUAUAUUUGAGAUCACAUGGAAUGACGUGAGGAAACAUCUUGAGAAGGUGUACCAGGUAAAACUUGGUCCUCCAAGUUUAGCUCGUUUUAGAAGUAUGAAAUCUCAGAGAACUUUGGACAAAUAUGAACGAGCACCUUCUUUUCAACAGGAUUAAAUAACGACAGGGAUGGCUUUGGGUCUCUGAAUGCGAUAAUCUCACUCCUGCAUUUUUAUAACUAAAUUAUGGCACCAGGAAUGCAUAGAAUCACAAGGAAGUAUUGAGUAGAACAUGGAAACUUUAACUUAUCUGUCCCUAUCCAAAUGCCCCAGGUUUAGGACAACCCUGUUAGUUACUAUUCAUUGAUUUACCCACAGACCAAAUCUCAUGGUACACCAAUGUGAAGCUUCACUGUGUCACCUUUUCCUAAACACUCAGAAUAGCUUCUUAAUCUGUGCUAAUCACUUUCAUUCAUUCUAUUCCGAUUUGUCCAUUUAAUUAUCCCUUAGUGUUUAAUUCUUACGUCACAGAACUGCAUCACACUCAGACCUCUCUGUCAGACUGGCAGCUUCCACUGUCGCUGAUGUUAACAACAUUUUGUAACAAUAUCAAUAUAGCUAGUGGAUUCUUGCCCGGCCAAUAGGCCAUAAUGGACGGACCAGGUUUAACUGGAAGCAGUUCAUUUCCCAACAAGACAAGUGGCAGUGGUGUUCAGGCCUGAACCCAAUUAGGACACUUGCAGGGUGGCACGGGAGCUGGAGUCCAGAAAUGGGGCCCUGUCUGGGUCUUUGGGGACCACCAGAGGUUGCUGCCUCUGAUUUCCGCACGCACGACCUUGAAAUGCUCCAGACGACUUGGUCAUGAGACUGCAAGCAGUUCCUGGGUUGACUUUAAAAGAGAGCCCGUCGCCUCAAUUAAACGAGUCAGAGUCGGGAGGCAGCAGACAACGCUCUGUUGGAGAUGGAAGGAGAGAAUUGUGUCUUGGUGUAUUUUUACUGGGGUUGUGGAGAGAAAGGUGUUGAUGACAAAUUAAAUCCUUUAUUU